AUGCAGAUCUUCAUUGAUAGCAUGCAGCCAUUAGCUAAGGAUAUGCCCCGGGAUGAGCGAAAGAGGGGCUUCUCCUGGUUGAACCGCCAGUGCAGAGUUAACCCGGAGAUGGCAGCUAAGUUCAAGCUCCUGACCGAUGAAACUGCCAAGUUCAACUUCUUGCAGGAGGAGCUCCUUCGCGAGGGUGGGCUGGAUGUGCAGACUUCGCAAAAGUACAAGGAUGAGUCUCUGGACGAGAACAAAGACCGUUACAGAACGGAGUUCCCGGGAGAGGAUGGUGAGGAGUUCAUCAAGAUCAUUACGGCAGGACAAGAAGGAAUUCCACACCCCCAAGCUCCAAACUUCGAGCCUGCUAAGCGCUACAGAGUCUUGAAAGACACGAUGAACGAUCGUGGCAAGGUUCGAAGCAGUCAGACUGAGGCCCCAUAUUUCCUGUCCCAAGUCCCAGCAUCCUGGCAGAUCGAGAUGAGUGGUGUGGUCGCCGACGGUGACCGCGCGUCCUUGGAGCCCGCUCUGACGGAUUUUGCUGAGACGCUGGGCAAGUCGAUGGGCUCUUUCGAGGAACUGCGAAUCAAGCCCAAGAAACAGGCCAAGGUCUUGACCCCGGAAGAGCAAGCCGACAAGAAACUGCAGAAGAUCUUCAAAGGGCUCGUCACUGCAGAGAAGAAGCUGAUGACUUUGGUCGAGGAGCUGAAAUCUGUGCCCUACUCGGAGGAGCUCCGGCAGGUUUUGACGAAGUAUGUGGAUGAUGUGAAAGUGAUGCCGAGCGAGUGGGAUAAGAAGAUUCAUCCUGCGAGCAGCUUGGAAGACAAGCUCUCUGCAAUCAGCCUCCUCGAGGAGGAUCUAAAGCCUAUCAACGAAGGGAUGCGAGAGGCCCGUCGGCGGAUCGGCAAGGCACCAAAGCAAAGCUCAGACGCCGAAACAGAUUAA